GAAACCACGCAAAGCGAUGAAACAGUCGCGCAAAACAAGCAGCAUCAUCGCUACGGAGGACUCAAGAAAAGCGGGAAAGUGUUCGAGCACAAGACAAAACCGAGAGUUUGGGAGACAAGCUCUGCGUUGAAGAACGAUCUUCCAAAGCAAUGGGAUUGGAGGAAUGUUAACGGUGUUAAUUACUGCAGUCCUACGCGAAAUCAACACAUUCCAGUCUACUGUGGAUCGUGCUGGGUGUUCGGGACGACUGGGGCUCUAAACGAUCGAUUCAACAUUGCUCGUAAAAACAAAUGGCCCAUGACUAUGGUGUCUCCUCAG